CUUUCUCCCGUUCAAGAAUCGUCUGCUUCUUCCACCCAUUCAUUAUUUAAACCAUGAGGUUGUAUUAUAAUUUAUACAUCUCCCAUGGGUAAUUCAAGUUUCAAGAUGGCUAAGAACAACCUUAUGUUAAUUCUGCACAAGAGGUGUUCGAAGAAAUGUCUAAACUAGAAAAGAAGGUAUCAAUCAAGGGAAGGGGCUGGUAUCAAUAUGUCUAUGUAAGAAGGUAGGGGCUGGUAGAAGUUCUGGAACAUCAACUGCUCAAACUUUGGUGAAGUUUUUGUUUUCCAGAAUAAAAGAAUAAAAGCAUGACGUCCCGAUUCAUCGGAUCGUCAUGAGGGUGAGAAUGGUCCACAUGAUGUUUACUACCAACAAAUCACUCUUGGAUACAUCUCUCCUCCAUCACAAAAAUCAACAACAGCUCUCUAUUCUCUCAAAUCAUCAGAAAUGCCAAGACAGCUUCAAAUCAAAUUGUCAGUUAUCCUCAGAAGUUAACCAUCUCUUUCCGUUGUGCGACCGACGAGAUCUCCUCAAAAGCAAUCUUUUUCUGCCGUGCCACCUACACAAUGGAGGAGACAAAGGUCGGGUAAUCAAAUUUGAAGAUGAAUCCCAUGCGCGCCUGGAAAUCAACCGAACACAUGCUCUAAAGGCGCCAUCGGAAUUCAUUCAAGCUGAUCAAGAGCAACUUCUAGAAGGCAAGGACUACAAGCAAGACUUUGAAGAUUCCUCAAACCCCGACAUCAAAGAACAAAUUGCCAAGAAGACAUCAAAGGGG